AUGCCCUCUCACUCUCGCACUCCGAACGAGACAGAACUCUCUCUCUCUCUCUCUCUUUCAAGAUCGUCUACUCUUUCGUCUCUUUCGUCUCUUUCGUCGCAAAUCGUCGUCGUUGCAAUAAACACACCGCCGACUUGCGAGAGAAGAGAUGAGAGAUUAAAUAAUUUUUGUGAUGAUGUUUUUCGUCCGUUUUACAAAACAAGCGUUUCGAGCUCCAAAUUCGCUUCCUCAUUAAAAAAAAAACAAAUUCGAGGGAGCAAAAAGAGGGGGGAAGAGAUGAAGGUUGCGACGAGGACGACGAUGUGCGCGGCGAUGAAGCGGAAAGCGAUAAUGAUGAGAGCGCUGACUUCGAGGACGACGACGACGACACCGACGACUGGAAGAUUUUCUUUCUUUUCUAACCAUCAUCACGGGGACGACUUUCAGCGUUAUAAUCAGCACAAUCCCGGGGAAAAGUUCACGAGACGACGACCGUUAGUGCGACGACUGCAACGAGGAGGGGCGAGCAGUAGCGGGGGUGAAUCAUGGAGCGAUGAUGAUAAAAGCAGCGGCACAAACAGCAAUUCUGCGAGUGGAGGGACGAUAAAUUCACCCUUAUUGCGAUUCGACGACGCCUUGUACGAGUAUCUGUUGAAGAACACACGGGAACCGAAACUGUUGAAACAGUUGCGAGAGGAAACGAAAGCGUUUAGUCCCGUCGGCGCUCGGAUGCAAAUACCUCCGGAACAAGGGAAUUUUUUACGACUCGUAGUGGAGAUGAUAAACGCGGAGAAAAUCAUCGAAAUUGGCGUGUUUACCGGCUACAGCUCGUUAGCGAUGCUCUUACCGAUGACCGAGCGGUCGUACGACGGCGACGUUCGUUUCCACGCGUGCGAUAUCGACGACGACGCCAUGGCGGUGGCGAGAAAGUUUUGGAAAGCGGCGAAGGUUGAACACAUGGUUCGCGAGCACGUCGGGGAUGCGAAAGUGAGCGUAGAACACAUCAAAGAGGAGUUUGGGGAAAAUUAUUUCGAUUUAGCGUUUGUGGAUGCGGACAAGAGGGCGUACAUGGGGUAUUACGAACAGUUGUUGCCGAUGAUGAAGAAAGGCGGUUUGAUUAUCAUCGAUAACGUGUUGUGGUACGGACGACCGGUGAAUCCGGAUUUCGACAAAGAUAAGAAAACGAUCGCGAUUAAAGAGUUUAACGAGUUCGUCGUGAACGACUCGCGAGUGAGUCAUAGCUUAGUACCCAUUGGUGAUGGGAUUAGUAUUUGUCGCGUGCGAUGA